AAAUUUGCAACUCGAAUAAAAGAGCUUUAAGAAAAAAAAGAAAAAAAUUAAUUAAUUUAAACAGAAUUAAAGAAAAAAAAUUUAAAAUUGAAUUAAAAAAAUAAAUAUAAACAACAAAAAUGCAAUCCUCGAGCAGUAAUACUAAAACCUCUAGCAAUAAGUUACAAAUCAAUCCCAACAAAACUUCUAGUGUUAAGACCAAGUCUACCACAGUUUUAAAUCUCAAUAAUACGGCAGCUUCUAAGGAUUUAGAAACUUCUUUGGAAAUAGAGAAAAUCUCCAAAAAGAUUUCCGAACAUGCAGAUGCCUUAUACAGAACCUGGAAAAGUCAUGGUCUAGCUCCUACAGAAAUUUUAGAUUUAUACAAUGUGGAAACGGGAGUGGCAGCUGGUGCCAUAGUUGAUGAUAAAAAUACCGAAGAUUUACAGAAAUUGGUGAAUACGUUUGUCAAUAAAGACAAAGAACAAAGGGGUGUUAAAGUGUCAACAAAUAAAAUCAAAUUGGGCGGCUCAACAACAGCAGCAACAACUAAAGCGGAACCAAAAAUUAUAGAACAUAAAAUAAACACCACUGGCAUAACAAGUAAUAACAAGUUGGCAACACCUUUAACAGCCGGUCUUAGUAGUGUAACAGCGCCCCAGCUGAAAACAAACAAUAUUUUAACGGAAACGGGUCUUAUAAAGAAAACCGUACAGACCCCUAUUAAAACCCCUAGUUUUUUAUUGAAAAACUCACCAGCAACAGAUGUCAACGAUAGUUCCAACUCCCCCAAAAUAACAAAAUUAAAAACCAACAAACAAAACCUAGGAGGAACGUCCUCAGCACUAAAUGAACAAACAACAAAAUCCCCUUCUUUUGCUAAGACGAAAACCAACACUAACACCACCAACACUACACCAACAACACCCAGCAAACCAUUAGAUAUUGAUAUAGAUUUCAAUUUGGAUUUAGAUCUAAAUUUAGAUGUACACAAGCUAAGUCAACAGCAAAAUGAAAAUUUACAAAAAAUCAAAGAACUAUUAAACAAAGAACCCAAUAAAACUAGCAGCAAAAUACCGGGUAUUUUAGUGGACUCUACGCCCUCGACAAAGGCAAACAAGGAGGUGAAAGUAAAGAAAUCUUUAAGCGAGCAAAAAAAUAAACAAAAUGAAGAAACGCCGGUACAAAAGAAAUCCACAACACAUGAGACACAACAGGCCGUCAGCAAAAAACUUGGCAACAAAGUGAAAACGUCUGAUUCCACAUCGAUCACUAAAGCACAUGAUCUGCAACAAUCAAUUGCAGUGAAAGAGGAAAAGUCAAAAAUUCACGAUAACAAUAGAGACGGCAAUAUUGUCACCACUUUGCCAACAACCACAACAACUACAACAACAGCAAUAACACAGCCUCAAAUCAAUAAAAAACGCACAAAUUUAACCAACGCCAACAACAGCGACAUUAGCGGCAGCAGCAGUGGCAAGAACAACAGUAGCGCCAUUAGCGGCACAACCCCUAUCAUUACUAAUGGCAAUCUAACAACAUCGUCUCUCUUAGAAGAACUAAAGCAAACAACUAGCAACACUAACGGCGGCAUUACAAACGAUAUUCUACCAACAGCCAUUAUAAAAACAGCAAAAGUCUCCACGAAAACUAUUAAGGCUCCCAAAAUAAAAGAAAAAUCCUCCAUAAAAUUAGAAAACAACAAGGAACUAACAACAGCUAACAACAACAACAACAACGGUCAAAUAUUAGAAGAACCACAGCAUCAACCACAACAACAACAGCCAACACAGCAGCAGCAGCAAAAAUCCUCAACUAUUGACGAUAGUGCGGUUAGCGAUAGUCAUCAAAAUAUGGAAACAUUACGCAGCGUUAGUAAUAGUAGUACAACCAUGCCAACACCCACGAAAUUGAAAUCGAAAAGUUCCCUCAGCAAUGGCCAAGAAAAAUCUUUACGCAGUCCAUUUUUAACGCGUGGUUCUGUAGCCGAACGUGUUAUGAUAUUUGAAAAAUGUCCAGAUGUUCGCAAUUCAUUUUUAAAUAUUAAACGUCCCGAUCGUGCCGAUGCUCCACCCAGAUCUUUACUUAAGGUAAAAUUACAUGCCACGCCCCCACCGCCAGCCGAACAGAACUCAAUACAAAGGGAGUUGAAAAAUACCAAAAGUGUUUAUAUACCAAGAUUUUAUUUUCCUCAUGGCAAACCCCAACCAACAAUUGCUCUGGAGCGUACUUUACGUGGUAUUCUUUCAGCUUUCGAUACAUUUCCCAAUAAUCAGGUAACGAAAGAUGAAUUGCCGCGUAUAUUGAAAAUCUGUGGUCUACCGUUUUACUGGCGCAUGCCGGUAAUGGUAUUUUGUCAGCAACACAAUUCGGGUCUGGUGGAACGGCAAAGAUUUGUGGAAUUUUGGAAACAAAUGAAUGUCUAUUGCCAUGAUGAUGCCUCUCGUUUUGUGUACAUUUUAUCGCGUGGUCAACGUAUGCGUUCCUAUAUACUGCCCGAAGAUUUAGCUCCCUUAGUGCAAGACGUUGUUGAUACACAUCCGGGUUUGGCGUUUCUCAAAGAGGCCACCGAAUUUCAUUCCAGAUAUGUACACACCGUUAUAGCACGAAUAUUCUAUUCGGUUAAUCGCAGUUGGUCGGGUAAAAUUUCUAUAUCUGAAUUGAAAAAAUCGGAUUUAUUAGAGAUUAUUACCCUGCUGGAGGAAGAGGAUGACAUCAAUCAGAUCAUGGCCUUUUUCAGUUAUGAACAUUUCUAUGUGAUCUAUUGUAAAUUUUGGGAAUUGGAUAAAGAUCAUGAUUUGCUUAUAAAUCAAGACGAUUUGGCGCGUCAUAGUGAUCAUGCUCUGUCUACACGUAUUGUUGAACGCAUAUUUUCGGGUUGUGUGACACGUUCGGAUAAUAAAAAACAUCCUGAUGAUGAACCCAAAAUGUCCUAUACAGACUUUGUUUGGUUUCUAUUGUCUGAAGAGGAUAAACGCACACCUACCGCUAUUGAGUAUUGGUUCCGUUGUAUGGAUAUUGAUGGUGAUGGUCUGUUGUCUAUGUACGAGUUGGAAUAUUUUUAUGAGGAACAACAACAGCGUAUGGAAUCAAUUGGCAUUGAAUCGUUACCAUUUGAGGAUUGUCUGUGUCAGAUGUUAGACAUGAUAAAACCAAAACGUCGAGAUGCAGUCACUUUAAGUGACUUAAAGAAUUGCAAAAUGACACAUGUAUUCUUUGAUACAUUUUUCAAUUUGGAAAAAUAUUUAGAUCAUGAACAGCGUGAUCCAUUUGCCUCACAAAGAGAUGAAUAUGCCAGCGACUGGGAUCGUUUUGCUGCCCAAGAAUAUGAACUAUUAAUAACCGAAGAAAAUGAGUGAUUACAGCCCCUUAAGUGCCCUCCUAAUUAUAUAUUUUAAUAUAUUUAUUAUAAAGAAAUUUUUAUACCUUUUUAAUUAAAAAAAAACAACUAUAUUAUUUUUUUUUUUUUUUUGCUCUUAGUAUUUAUAGUUCAAAAAUGGA